GUCAUCGGCACGCCCGAUUCAAUAAACCUAAACAAUAUUAAAGUUAGGGCUAAAUUAAUGGAUGAAUGUUCAAACUCGUGAUGAUUUUGCUAUCGUAGAAUGUGAUAUAAUUUGACCGAUAUAUUUGCUUAAGGCUAAGCGCAGUUGUAAUCUUAAAGUAUUUUAUUAAAGAAGAAAUAACCACCAUGAAUAUUAUAUGUGCAAGUGAUCCCAGUUUUCUAGCCAACAACAUGUUAACAGCAGACGAUUUCAAUCUUGCUAAUGCUAGUAAUACCGAAAUUGAUGAUGAUUUCAACUUUGUUAUGGAAGAAGAGAAUAUGCUGGAAGAAAUAAGUCGGGAAUUUGAGUUUCCAGUUGAUGACUAUAUAAAAAAUAUGUUGACAUUAAAACAGGGAUCAUUUGACCUUCUUAACAAUGGAGAAUUGACAUCUGAAUACUUGACUGACUUACCUGUAAAAGAAGAAACUCUUUCACCCAGUUCCACACCACCACUCUUGAAAAAUGAAAUAGAAGAAGUAUGGAGUGAUGAUGGUUUUCCACCACAAAUUAGUAUACCAGGAAACCUACUGGAACCGAAAGUUGAAAUAUACACCCCUCCAGACUCACCUCCCAGUGGCAAUCCAGACUCUCCAUCAAAUUCUUCAAUACAGAUUGUUUAUCCAGGUCUGAACAGAAACAAUCCAAACUGUACAUUGUCAAAUUCAUCCAUCACUACUUUUACUAUGGCACCACUCAUAACCACAUCUACUGGAUCUACAGCACAGAUACACACUCAGCCUGUGCUCAUCAAAAAAAUUGAUUCUAGCAGAAUUUCAGCAACUUCUAAAACCCAAAGUGCUCAACCAGUUGUUUUAACUCCAGAAGAAUUUGCAAAAUUAACAUCCCAAAGAAUUGUGAAUGUUAAACCAGCAGUUGCUAUGACACAACCUAUCAGUUCAGUUACAACUCCGCAGCUGAUAAAAAAAGUGGGUUCACCAGGUGGUGGUGGCGUUGUGUCCAUAUCGAGGGCCCCAGUUGUGACAUCUACCUCGGGUCUUAGCUCAAGUAAUAAUGUCGACCUCCUGAAGAAUCCAUUAUUCAAGAAUCAAAAUUUGGAUGAAAAAACCCUACGUAGGCAGCAGAGAAUGAUAAAAAAUAGAGAAUCAGCAUGUUUAUCGAGGAAAAAGAAACGUGAGUACCUUCAGACAUUGGAAGGAGAAGUGAAAGUUUUAACUCAAGAAAACAGAUUGUUAAAAGAAGAGAAUUCUCAGUUAAAGCAGCAAGUAGUAAACUUAUUUCAGGAGAACGCAGAUCUAAAGAAAAGACUUUUGCCAAAAGACAUAAAGAAAACAACAUGUGUGAUGGCAGUGAUAUUUAUGAUUACACUUAAUCUUGCUCCAUUUGGUGGCUUAUUUAUGAGCUCAGAGAAUGAAUCCAGCUCAGCACCUGCUAUUUCCCGUCAAACCACAGGUAGAUCAUUGUUAUGGAAACCUAGCAUUAAUGAAGAUAGCUUAGAAGAUGUUGUCUCUGGUUUUCUGGAUAAGAAGAAUUUAUAUAAUAAAAUUCAAACUUCCACCUCAGAUUCUGUCCCAGAAACCCACAACAUUUCAGCAUCCCUUAUGUGUCCCAUGUAUAUCAAUAAAACAGAAUCUUUGAGAUUGGAAAAUGAGCUGCUUGGUUGGGUUCAAAGAUUAGAAGAAAAGAAAAAGAGUAGAAAGAAAGUUAAAAAACCUGAAAGUCCCGAAGAAUUGUGGUUAAAUAAACCAAGACAAAAAAAUCUAAAAUUUUCAAAAUGGCUAAUGGAACAUAGACACAAUGGAGAAGAUAGACAGAGCCACUUUCAAAGGCAUAAUGAGCUGCAAGUUUAUCAGAAGCCAAGCAAGUCAUACAAAGAUUUAUUUGAAGCAAUUCAUCGCCGUGAUGAUACUUUCUACUUUGUAUCUUUCUCAGGCGAUCACCUGCUAUUACCAGCUACUGCCCAUAACCGUACCUUACGUCCAAAAAUGUCUCUUGUGAUGCCAGCCAUGACCUUUAAUGAAACCAUGGAGCAUCCUAAAGACCAUGUGACCAUGAUGCAAAUUGAUUGUCAGGUAAUGAACACUAAAUUAGUGUACAUAAAAGAAUCGGCCAUCCCAGCACACAUGUGGCAAAAAGAGAACUAUACCAGUUUUGAAUCAUCCCUUUCUCAACCUUCUAGUAGAGGUAAUAAUAUUGAACAGAGAUACAGAGCUCAUAAAGGCAUCAGAAUAAAACAAGCUGAUAAUUUUAAAUCAAGAAACAGGAGACCAUAAUGUGGAAGCUUUCAAAAAGAAAAGUUUCAAGUAAACAGCUAAUUGGCCAGUGGAAAAAACAAACAAACAAAACUACCAAAUAACAACAGUGCUGUAGUCAGAAAAUAUGCUAGUUCAUUCUUAUUUUCUUAACUGUUCAAUAUCUUUGUUUUGAUGGAUUGUCAGUUCAGGGUGUAAAUUUGUAAACUAGGGUUUUUUUUGUUUGUUAUCUUUAAUUUGCUUCAUCACUUUUGCUCUUUACUGUAAAAAAAUAUGCCAUGUUUUGAGAAAAUCAUAAUUUAGAAUGCAACUCUGACAUUAAAAAAAAAUCAAUGUACAGUAACAAGAUACUUCAGUUUUCUGACACUUCCUUACAAUCUGAAUAAAAAUUAUCUUGCAUGUUCUGUAUGCUAUGAACUACAGGUUUCUGACACCUUUGUGAAAAAAACAACAACAUUAUUUCAAUAAGUUGUAUUUACAAAGUUGAAGUUUACUAAUGUUUUUUAACAUUCAAUCUGCAAUUCAGGGAUAUAUGUUUCGUGGGCUGGUUUUCAAACAAAGCUUUCCAGUAUUUUCUUUUUUUAUAUUCUGAAUAGAGAUAUGAAAUCAUUGCAACAUCUGGAAUCUGAAUUGCCUACCAGCAUGCCUGAAUUCACAAUAGUUUCCAGGCUAUGAAGGGAGUAAAACCCAUAUCCCAUACAAAACACAGUAGUGGCCAACUGUGUUGCACAACACAAGAUCUGGUUCCUCAACUAUAUAAAGCCAGUAUCUCUGUAAUUUUUGUGAGUUCCUUUAACAGGGAUGACUAAGGAAUGCUCAAGAGCUAAGAGCAGUACCUGUUUGAAAUGAACACUUCUACUAAUAAUGGCUGGAGACGCUUGAAUGGGUAAUGAAGAAAAACUUAUAUUAAAGUUUUUCUUCAUUACCCAUUCAAGCUGUCUCCAGCCAUUAUUAGUCUGAAAGUGGGUUCCUCGUCACCGAAUUUGAACACUUCUACUGUUUUAAACAAGAGGAACACAGACUGGCCAAUCCUUUAAAAUCCACAUCUUCUUGCCCAAACACUGUUGAGAGUUGAGUUGUUUUGGUAUUAUAGCAUUUUUUUUAGGUUAACAGAAUUGAGCUAUUUAUCAUAGUAAAUAUUUUUGGUUUUAACUUGAAUACCAGAAACUGUGACACUCAAUUUCCCAAAUUUGGUCUCAUUAAGUUGCAGACUGGGUGUUAAAUCAUUAUAAAAUCAAGCAAAGAUCAAGUUUUUUCUUUGAGCUAUCUGUUGGCUCAUUAAAGAGUAGAUUAAACACAGAUAAGAUAGAAAUGUAGAUGAUUCUCAAUAACUGAAAGCUUCUUUAUAAAUUCCAUUACGUCAGGUAUCCUCUAAUUGUUAAUUUUACGAUAUACACACGCACAAAACAUGAAACAUUAUUACACUGCUUAUUAAGACAUCCGUUUAUAUUGAGAUUUAUCACCCAUUGAUGCUUAAGAUUAGAAGUUAUUACCUUAGAAAAGAUAGUUUAGAAGUUUUAUCAGUUAUCACCAAAUGUCAUUUAAAAAGAGGUAAAGAAAUAAACAGUAACCGUGUUGGUAAGUUUAAUGUACGUAAUGUAAUUGUUUGUGUCAACACAAAGAUUUUUUUUUUAUAAUAUCCUUUUGAACAAUUUUCAUUGAUGUAGUUUUUGUGCAUAGAGUUACAAUUUGUCAGUAAGGUGUAUACAGUAAUUUCUAAUUUAUGUGUACAAAUAUAACAGUAAUUUGUUUAAUAUAACUACUGAACAUUUAAUCACUAUUUAUUGUAAAAAGAAAAGAAAAUUUAAAAUAUUUUCAAACUUAUUUUACACUGACAGAAGAAAAAAUAUCCUCUAUAGAUAGGUAAACGAAAUAUAUAAAACAAAAGGUCAAUAUCCAGAAUUAUUUAUAAUCUCAAAAUGUUGCUAUAUAGGUUUCAGUUUUUCUAUUGUUGUAACUCUCUCUCUCUCUCUGUAUUUUUCAAAACAAUCUCGGUUUAUUGUAGGUGUGAUUCUUCUCUGUAUUGCAUAUGAAAUGUUUGUUAACUUAUAGCUAGAUAGAAUAUUAUUGAAACUGUGAAUCAGUUGAACUUACAGAUUCUGUUCCUGCCGGUGGUAUGGCAAAAAGUUUUAGCUAAAGGUUAAGUGGAACAUUAUUAUGGAAAAUGUAUGAAUCUAGCUCCUCCACGAUCACUCUUCAUGUAAAACUUCAACAUUUUUCUUCUAAUCUUACUUUUUUUUUGUUUACUUAGAAAUGAAUUGAGUGAUUUAUAAUUAUUUUGUUUGAUUUCUGCAUUUUAAAAAUUCAGACAAAUCUUUAAUUACUUUAAAGAAAUUUAAAUCAUCAUAAAUAUUCAUACUGAAGCUAUCUUUUAGUUGAACUUCGUAUAUAUAGUUUAUGACAUCAGGAAUACUUAGCAUGAUGUACUAGAAUGUUAGCCCCCUUAAAAUAUUUUCAAAUUUAGUUAAAGAGAAAUCACUCAACUCUCACGUGUAUACAUUUUUUCUGAAUGUGACAUAUGUUGUUAAGAGGACACGUUACCUAACAUUGCUUUAAAUUGGAUAUCGGAUAUAAAUUGGAUUUUUUUCUUUGUUUUUCAGUGGUUUCUUGGAUUCAUGAUUAAAAAUUCACUUCUAAAGUACUCAUUUCAUAAGGUUUGACUUUUCAUAAUGUUGAUAAAUGAGAGUUUUAACAUGCAUCAGUAAUUAUCAUAUAUUUUUUAUUGGUUCACUAGAUUUAAGAGGAAGAGAGAAAAGUUUGUCUAAUUUUGAAAAUUUUACAAAUUUAUAAUAGUAUUGUUGGAUUAUGUCCUUAUAUGUUUGUUGAAAAGAGUUAUUUGAUAAAAUUUUUCAUUUGUUUUAACCUUUAAGAGCAAAAAAAUAUAUAUGCAACAAUAUUUUUUCCUCAUAACACAAGCUGCAUUUCUUUUCUUUGCAUUUUUUGUCCUGUUUUAUAUUUUCAUGUCAUGCAUAGUAGUAUAACACUAGAACUGCAGUACUUAAUUUCACAGCAUUUAUUAGAUGUGUCGCAGCUUCAGCUAACUCGUACGUUUUUUUCACUGGUGCUUCUCAAGUGUGUAACUGAGAAAAUUAUACCAAAAUAGAUAUGGUUAGUUGUUAUUUAUGGCUCAGACAUUUUUAUUUAGCAGUGUUAGUAAUAUAAAAAGCUGUGUGUUGUGAAGUUAUAUUACAAAAUCACGGGAGAAAAUGAAACGAGGGAUUUAGAUUAAGUACUAUACUAACAACAGAUGAAUGUAAAAAUUACAUGUUCAGAAGGGAUACAUUUGCAUUUUUGAUCUUGAGUUAAUGAGGUACAGAUCACAAAGAAUUAUAAUUGUACUCAAAAUGUUUGAUAAUCAAUUAAAUAAAACACCUGUGAGUUUCUA